AUGGCAAUCGUAUACAGGUUUGCAUUGGCUUCCAGUGCUGGUUAUGCUGUGCAGCGAGUGUUUGAGCCUAGAGUUGGAGACGCUGAUUUCGAUGCCUAUUGGGAAGAAGAGGCCCGAAAUCCGAAUCGAAACCGAAUCCGAAUCGGACGUCAAUAUCAGGCGACUGUUCCGCCGAUUCUAAAACAAGGUGAAAGUGAUGGCAGAAAUCUUGAAGAGUUAGAGACAUUGAGGUGGAAGUCAGACAAUGAGCUAACAGAUCAACAAUUGGACGAAUACUUAUCAGUGGCCAAAGCGGUCGGUCUGUUUGCCCGAGCGAUCGACAAGAAUUAUGUCGAAAAUAAUAGCGUUAACAGCGAUAGUCAUAAAGAGCCCGAAAAUUCAAGCGAAACCAAUCCUAACAACACCUCCAAUGAAAACACGGAAAAUUGCGACAAAAGCGACGAUAAGACUAAAGACGACUCUUCAGCUUCGGGCUCGACCUCCACUUUGAAGGACCACAACAUUCAAAACACACUCAAAGGACUGUCUGAGUUCGUGUCUUCACAUCAUCCCUCACAUCAUACGACCGGAUGUCGAGUUGAGACAAUUCCAGAAGCGGUGAAUCCAUCGGAAAGUGCAAACAAUUUAACGAAUCAGUUGUCGGCCGAAUGGAACCAAAAUGAAAUGAAAUUGUUUUCGCGAGCGCUUGAGGUUUGCGGCAAGAAUUUCGGUGCAAUAAAGAAGGACUUCCUUCCCUGGAAAUCAGUGAAGAGUAUGCUCUCACACGCUCUACCAUUCGCUCCAUUGGCGUCAUUCGACAAAUUCAUACCUCCGUUAACAGCAUUGGGUUUGUUAUUACUUAAGCGAUAA